UGUCCGACUAAUGGCUGACUCUUUCCACUUGGAGUUUACCUGUUCUUCCCCACCGUAAUAGAAAGAAAACGGAGGGCGAGGCAAGAUUGUAAACAGGCGGACUGCCGUGGUGAGUCCGCUCGUGGCUCACUUCGAUCCCAGAUUUCAAGUACACCGCGUCGUCUUCUCGCGCUACCAGGAAUGUAACUUCGCUCCUUCCAUCGAAUCUCUGUUUCAAAUUUCACGAAAACAGAUUCAUGAUCAUCGAGCCUCUCAAAGAAAGAUGAACCAUUGACACUGAUUCGCGAACGGAAACGUUGAAUUUCCAUUUUCAUAAAAAUUCUCCACGACGUCGAGCGUUGCGAGGAUCGCGAUGACCAGUGUUCCAGCUGCGAUGGACAAAUUCAUCAGUGACCAGAGGCUGAAGUGCGAUCGGCUGUUGUCGGAGUACAACGAGACAUUGGUGAAUAGCACGCAAUAUCGCCACUGUCCUCCGUUCUUCGACGGUUUCCUGUGUUGGCCGUCCACGAAGGUCUUGACGACCGCGGUUCUCUCUUGUCCUCCGGAAACUGCCCUCGAUGAAGAAUCAAGGACCACCUUGGAAUCAAGCAAUCGAACGAUCGCCACCAAAUUCUGCCCACCGAGCAGCCAGUGGUACAAAGAUCCCGAGGGCAGCAACUACAGCCUUUGCGAAUCCUCUGACGUGUUUACUCACCAAUCGAUCUUGAAGAUCGCUGGUCGGAGAUUCGGGAUGACGAACUCGCACGAUUAUGAAAGCAUCGAAUCGUUUUUAUUGGACAAAUGGCUACCGAUCGUCAGGACCGUCUCGCAGAUCGGAUACGCGACCUCUUUCGCCAUGCUCGUCGUCGCGAUGAUCGUCUUUUCCCUGUUGAGGAAGCUCAGAAACCCGAGAAACAGACUGCACAUGCACCUGUUCUCCUCGUUCAUAAUGAGGGCAUUCAUGGCUCUGAUCAGGGACUGGAUCUUCGUCGACGGUGUGGGUCUCGCUGUGGACGUCGUCUACGUCGACGGGAAUAACGCGUUCAUCAAGCAACGAAACGUAGGUCAUGUGUGUCAGAGACGCUCUCCCAAACAAGAGAGAGCGAGGCCACGAAUUGUCAAUGACAUAACGCGGAACCGGAAUAAUCAGUUCCAGAUGUUGAUAUGCAAGGCGAUCACUAGCACGUGGCAGUACUUUAUCGUCGCCAAUUACUCGUGGAUAUUGAUGGAGGGAUUGUACCUCCAUAAUCUGGUUGUCUUGGCGUUUUGCGCUGACAGCGCAGCUAUCAAUUUGUACAUAUUGAUGGGCUGGGGGUUGCCCGUGUUCGUGGUGAUUCCGUGGAUAAUAAUCCGAGCCACGAUCGAGGACACGCUUUGCUGGACCACUCAUGGCAAUCCCUCUCUGUUCCUCCUCAUCAGAAUACCUAUAAUGAUUUCGAUCCUGUUCAACUUUCUGCUGUUCAUCAACAUUGUGCGCGUGUUGUUCAUCAAGUUCAAAACCUCGGUGCACCUGCAACGUAAAAAGAUGCAAUAUAGUAGGUGGGCUAAAUCCACGCUAGUCCUUGUGCCACUUUUCGGUGCCCACUACACUCUGUUCCUAGGCUUCUCUUACCACAAGGACCAUCGCGUGGAAUUGGUCUGGUUGUUCUGCGAUCAAUUCUUCGCCUCUUUUCAGGGUACCUUCGUUGCUUUGCUCUACUGUCUGUUGAACGCGGAAGUACGUUCCGAGAUUAAAUUGGCCUGGAGAGCCAGAUGGUCCAAGAAUGCUAUUUGCAAUUCCCUGUGCAAGGAGUCAAGAAAGAAACAGCUGAAACGGAAAAGCAAACAGGAUUACGAGCAACCAUCCCUCAGCGGAACCACCAUGAGAAAUCUGUUCGUGUUGCAAGUAGAGGCAGCAUCGACCGAAUUCACACCGAACGUGUUAGUGGUGGAGACUGGAUAGGUCAUUUAGGGAUUAAUUCAUAAAUGAAUAUCUUUCUGUAUUUUGUGUUAAGCAGGAUGUUUUGUAUUCUUCUAAUUAGGGCUUGUUAAUUACUGCUAUUUCAGACUAGUUCCCAGAAACCUUCAAUUUCAAAGUAUCUCUAAGUAGAUAAUAUGUUUCACUUAUUUAUUUCACUUAUUGAGUGGAAAUCGCAGAAUUUGUGUGCAUUUAUGUAUUCAUAAAUUGAGAGGUUCGCGGGCGUGGUUUACGUUCCUAUUCUGUAAGUUUAUAUUAUAAAAU